GAAUAGUAUUUCUCGCACUCGCGCAGUCGCAGUAGGACCGUCCGACGAGUGGGAGCGUCGUUCGCCGUGGCUCGUAGCCGUUGACUUGUUCGUUCGCGAGUUUACGGAUUAGGUUCCUUCUCGGUCCGACUCCGGAUCGGUUCUGUGGAUACGAACGGGACGAGAAAACGCCGAAGAAUAAUGCCGGACACGGCUGGAAAGGCCAUAAAAUGCAAGGCUGCGGUAGCGUGGAAGGAAGGGGAGCCUUUGUCCUUGGAGGAGGUUGAGGUAGCACCGCCCAAGGCGCACGAGGUCCGAGUCCAAAUCGUAGCCACUGCGCUCUGCCACACAGACGCUUACACUCUGAGCGGAGCGGAUCCAGAAGGGAAGUUCCCCUGUAUACUCGGCCACGAAGGCGCUGGUGUCGUGGAGAGCGUCGGCGAGGGUGUCACCGAGUUUCAGCCUGGCGACCACGUUGUGCUACUCUACACCCCUCAAUGCAGGGAGUGCAGAUUCUGCAAGUCACCGAAAACGAAUUUAUGCAAUAAAAUCCGCGGCACCCAGGGCUUGGGCUUGAUGCCAGACUCGACAAGUCGUUUCACGUGUAAGGGACAAACAGUCUACCAUUUCAUGGGUUGCUCCACCUUCUCGGAAUAUACAGUGGUGGCUGACAUCUCCCUCGUAAAGAUUAACCCUAAGGCACCGCUGGACAAGGUGUGCUUGUUGGGUUGCGGGGUAUCUACGGGCUAUGGCGCGGUUUUAAAUACUGCCCAGGUAGAACCGGGAAGUGCUUGUGCCGUAUGGGGAUUAGGAGCUGUUGGUCUCGCAGCAGUCUUUGGUUGCAAGAAAGCCGGCGCCUCCCAGAUUAUCGGGAUAGAUACCAAUGCUAACAAAUUGAAGAAAGCUGAGCUUCUCGGUCUCACCUCUUUUGUUAAUCCCAACGAAAACCCCGGUAAAACUAUGCCGGAGAAGUUAUUCGAUAUGACUGACGGUGGAGCAGACUAUACUUUUGAGUGUAUUGGAAAUGUAAAGACCAUGAGAGAAGCAUUCGAAUCUUGCCGCAGAGGGGGUGGCACAUCCGUAGUGAUAGGCGUAGCCGCGGCUGGCAAAGAGGUCAGUACUAGACCAUUCAAUUUGAUCACAGGACGAGUGUGGAAAGGAUGCGCCUUCGGCGGAUGGAAAUCGAAGGACGGCGUACCAAAAUUAGUGGAGGAGUAUAUGUCGAAGCAAUUGCCCCUCGAGGAAUUUAUCACGCAUGAACUUCCAUUUGAAAAAAUCAACUCUGGUUUCGAUAUACUACACUCAGGGGAUUGUUUGAGAGCUGUCUUUACAAUGUAAAGGUACGGUUUUCUGUCUCGCGCUGCAAGGAUGCGACCUACUGAGAGAGAACCAGCGUCGCAAUUUAUUAAAAAUUAAAAUGCAUAGCAAUAUGUAUACGCUACGUAUAUGAAUAUAUACCAUAGUAUAACUAGUAGGUCCAUUCCGUCAUUUGUUUCGUUUUGCGUCAAGUCCUGCACAGUCGACAUUUUGUCCAGUCAAGGAGAGAAAUCUGCGCUGCUUAGUAAACAAAUGAACGAGAAGAUUCGAGUUUAAAUCCACGACCACCACUGAUUUUUUCGAACGUUGCCUCUCGAAGGAAAGUAGUAACCACCGAGAGUAUUCUGCCACACAUAUCCCUUUCUCCUCCGAAAAGGGGGUUGGCGAGAGGCUAACAACCCCUCACCGUAAAAAUUCACUGUUGCGAAUACAUAUACAAUAAACCUCGGAUUGAACUGUGAAAUGAAGGCAAUUUGUUGUGAAUGCCAGGGCCCACUUGGGGCUGUAGAGCUGGUGAUGAUGAUGAUGAAUGAGAGAAAUCAAAGCUACACUAACACACGUACAUACGUCGUUGGAUUUGGACCAAAGACAUGGUGGAAUACCAUGUGAUCGGGACCGUAAAGAUCAAAGGGACCGACAGAGAGUGGAUCUACUAGUUGUACUAUGC